AAAACAGUCACAGAAGAAUGAUGCAGUCUCUGGCAAUCCCCCUGGCAGGCUUCCUGCUCCUGGUCCUCCCCACAGGGGGGCUGUGCCAGGACAGUGAAGACUUCAGCCUGUUCCCCAGACCACGCAAAGUCUUUGUCUUGUAUAGCAUCUCUGCUGAUAUCAGUACCUUCACCAAUGAUACUGUACUGCUUUAUGUGCUCCGAGACUCUACCUUCUUUGAUGUGAUGAAUGCUGCUGUGGCGAAAGACUGCAGCAGAUUCAGGUUCACUUAUGAAUAUUCAAACUUGGGCCCAUACAUCACAUCCGUGCAAGGGUUGAUGGCCAGUGACAAACAGCGCACUUACUGGGAGCUCAUGAGUAAUGAUGUCCGCCUGGACAAAGGUGCUGGGAACUACAAAGUCACCACAUGGGAGAGGCUGGAGAUCAGAUAUAGCAAGUACUGAGCUCCAAGACUCUGAAGAUAUUGUGGCGGAGAUACAGUCUUCAGCUCCUGUUUUUUCACUGUGCAGGGUUUUGGGGUGCCUGCCUUCUCUUUAGUUUAAGUCUAUCACCUCUCAAAGCAGGAAACUUGCCCUCAGCAAAAUGGUCUGUGAAACUGGCCUUGCCUUGUAUUUACAGUCCUGUGAUCCUUCCAAAGUUCUCUCUCUCUCUCUUUCUCUCUCCCCCCUGAAAUAAACCCCUUGCAACAA